UUCUGUCUUAGGGCUGUUUUCAUAGUGGAUGUGUAUGCAUGAGUUCUGCAUCGAAUGGGCGCAAAAACCGCCCCAGAUCCGCCGGGAACAUCUUCCAGAUCGGCAAGCCUCCGCACCGAGACCCAGAGAGGCGGGAGAGCACCGAGAGCACGCGCAGAGCCCAGCGCGCCGUGGCGGACUGCAGAAUGAUUGUGCAAGAAUUUAACACACUUGUGGCUCUCUACCGUGAGCUGGUCAUCUCCAUCGGGGAAAUCACUGUGGACUGUCCUUCCUUGCGGGCCGAGAUGCUCAAGACCCGAACUAAAGGCUGCGAAAUGGCCCGAGCUGCUCACCAGAGUCUCUCCCUGAUAUCCGGGCCUGAAGAUGGGGAGAUCCACCCUGAGAUCUGCAGGCUCUUCAUCCAGCUGCAGUGCUGUCUGGAAAUGUACAUCACAGAAAUGCUGAAAUCUGUCUGCUUGCUGGGAUCCCUGCAGCUCCACAGAAAAGGUAAAGAUUCCUGCGGCCCGCCUGGUGUCGACAGUAAGAUCGAAGACUCGGACAUCCCGAUUCUGGAGGACACCUCUUCCUCACCCACUGAUUGUCCUCAGCUCUGCUGGCUGGUGGCCACCGACAUAGAAAAUAUAGAAAAGGAUAUGAGAGAUAUGAAGAACCUUCUCAGUAAACUCAGGGAGACUAUGCCUUUACCGCUGAAGAACCAAGAUGACAGCAGUUUGCUGAACCUGACUCCCUACCCACUUGUCCGACAGAGGAAAAGGCGUUUCUUUGGGCUCUGUUGCCUGGUAACCAGCUAAAGGCCCACCUCCACACUUAGGAGGCGGCAACAAAGACACCAUAACCCACUGUCUGUCACCACUCGUGUCUCCCACCAACCUAUUAC